AUGAGCGAGCAACGCGGCUCUAGUGCUUUUGAAGAGUCCUCGGCUUGCACUGGUGUUUACAAAGACCAACAUACUACUUCUGAAAGAAGACAAUCAUGGCGAGGACGAGGCCUGGAAAGUCCGGACCUACGACGCAAAUCCUCAGAAAGACGGAGGUCCUUCGAAAGAGCUCCAAACCGCAAACAUUGGUGGAAGUUUACCCUAAGAUCAUGGGACGACGAUCAAGAACAGGAUUGGUGGUUCGCUGGCACUGCGAUUCCGCUCCUCGCCGCGACUAUGGGUACAUCGUAUGAGGUCGGAGUACGAAAACCUGCUAACACCACUUCUCUUCGANNAGGUCCUCUAGCGAAUGUCUUGUCAAUCGCAGCCUUGGUCACACCAUGGCGGAUGUGUCUGCUGAAUGGGGUUGAUCCCGAGACUUGUCCUUGGGACGGCAAGAGCGAGCUGCUCUCAGAUCUUGAUGGUCACACCUUUGCAGACCCUCACUGGUGUUACGCGCUCAACAUAUUCUCGCUCGCACUAGGAUUUGCAGGCAACAUCUUCCUACUGUUCAACUUCACAAACCGUAUCAGAUAUAUUAUCGCGCUCCCGUUCACGAUCAUUCUGUGGUAUGCAGCGACUGGUGUUGUGAGUUCUUACAAGUUCGGCCCUCCAUAUCCGUCCAUGCUAACUUUUGCANNGUUGAUUGGCAUUGAGGCAUCGAUGAAUCAAUAUGUACCGCCUCAUCGACCCCAACAAAUCUACACACAAGGCUUCUGGUAUGCCGUCAUAGCUGCAAUCUUCUAUUUGAUAUGCUCCAUGCUACUCAUGGUGAACAUGCUUGGAUACUUUCUCGGACACUAUCCGCAACGAUUCAAUCUUACAGACUCCCAGCGUACGCUUAUCUUGCAGACCAUGCUGUUCUUCGUAUGGCUCGCUGGCGGUGCCGGCGUAUUCUCGCUAGUCGAGACCAAAUAUGGACUGGGCCUGUUCAACUGGUCCUACGUCAAUGCACUGUACUUUUGUCAGGUGACUGUGUUAACAAUCGGCUUUGGAGACUUGUACGCGUCGAGCAAUAUUGGACGAGGGCUGGUCAUGCCCUAUGCGGUUGGAGGUAUCAUCAUGCUCGGUCUGAUCGUGACCAGUCUCACGACUUUUGCGGCAGAACUGGGAGAAGAUAACAUAGUUCAAAAGCACAUCGAGAGGACUCGCACCCGAACCAUAGGAAGAUCAUUCACAAGCUCACUCGAACUCAAGGAGCGUGAAGAGCUAGCGAUGGGGUUGAGACCAACAAUCUCGAGACCUUUUGACCCGGUCAACCGCAGUAUUGUGUUUGCUGAGAAUGCUACACCGCCAAAAGACAACGAGUCGAAUCAGGACCAAGGAACUUUCAGCGCUCUGAGACGCACCGCAACAAUCCCGCUGACUGUGCUUCGACCAACUCGCAAGCCUCGUCUGUUACUCCUUCGCGAGGAGAAAGACCGUUUCAAUGCGAUGCGUCGCAUACAAAAGAACACCGAGAAAUGGAAGAAAUGGUCUAGUCUGUUCAUAUCAUUGGCGGCCUUCUCCAUCCUGUGGUGCGUUGGUGCUGUGAUCUUCUGGGUUGCUGAACGCCGUGUGCAAGGUAUAACCUACUUCCAAUCGCUGUAUCUUUGCUGGGUCUCUCUUCUCACAGUCGGAUAUGGCGAUCUCGCUCCAAAGUCUAACGCUGGACGUCCCUUCUUUGUGGUCUGGAGUCUUGUCGCUGUACCAACGAUGACACUUCUAGUCUCCGACAUGUCAACUACCAUUGUCAACAGCUUCAAUCAAGGCACUUUCCGUCUAGCCGACUUCACUAUCCUCCCCAAGGCCGGCAUCUGGCGCACACUAAUACCGCAACUAGCACCAUGGAUACAACGAUACAAAGAGCGCAAAGCCGUCCAACGUCGAUUACAACGAGGCUUCGAGACCGGCGUCGCAGAGGACAAACCCACGAUCGAUAACCUAGCAAAGGAACAGGGCAGCAAAGCGCCCAGUGAUGCCGAGCUGGCCAGACGACUAGCGCACGCCAUCAGAAACGUAGCCAAAGACUUGAAAGAAGAUCCACCACGCUCCUACACCUACGAAGAGUGGGUGAAGUUCACACAGCUGAUUCGCUUCACGGCUACAGGAGACAGAGAAGAUGGNGGUAACAGGUAUGAAGCCGAUCAAGACGGUCUGAUAGAGUGGGACUGGAUCGGCGAGCAUAGUCCGCUCAUGGCGCAGCAGAGUGAGGCUGCAUUCGUGCUGGACAGAUUAUGCGAGAGCAUGACAAGAUAUGUCAGGAAGAUGCAGGCCAUCUACCAUCCUGAGAGCAACGACAAGAAAGAAGAUGAAUCCACAAGGAGGCAAUCACUCGACAUUGAAGAGAUAGACGAAGAGAUUGCGGAAGCCUGA